UGGUUCUAUCAGUUGUUUUAUUGGUAGCUCUGUCAGUUUUUUCACAAGUAAUUCUACUAGUUGUUUUGGAAGUAGUUCUGUUAAUUGUUUUGUAAGUAGUUCUGUUAGUUGUUUUAUUGAUAGCUUCAUAUAUAGUUGA